AGUUGCUCUCCUUACACCAAUUUUUCUAUUUUUCUUUUUCUUUUUCCUUUCUUUUUUUUUUCUGUAUCCUCCUUUUUAAACAAAAAAAAAAAAUUAAACAUUCUCCUUUUUUCUAAGACUACACACAAAAAUAGUAUAUCUAUACCUAAACUAUUCGAGAAAAUGGCACACGGACCAAUGAGUGGCAAAAAAAUCAUUGAUGGUAAUAGCGACCCAACAAGAAUACAUGAAGAGAAAGCAAAAGAUGGUAAAACAGGAGAAGACAUUGUAUUUCGAUACACAACACAUAAAGUUGCUGGCAAUGGUUCCUUUGGAGUUGUUUAUCAAGCAAAAGUAGUUGGAACAGGUGAAAAUGUUGCUAUUAAAAAGGUUUUUCAAGACAGACGAUUUAAGAAUCGAGAAUUGCAAAUUAUGCGGUGUGUAUGGCAUCCAAAUGUGGUCGCAUUGAAAGCUUUCUUUUAUAGUCAUGAUGAAGUUAAGAAGGAUAAUAUUUAUCUUAAUUUAGUUUUAGAAUAUAUUCCAGAAACAUUAUAUCGUACUUCGCGUAAUUAUGCAAAAAUGAGACAAUCAGUACCUAUGCUCUAUGUCAAACUCUACACCUAUCAAUUAAUGCGUGCUCUCGCUUAUAUUCAUUCACUUGGUAUCUGCCAUCGUGAUAUUAAACCUCAAAACUUGUUAAUUGAUCCGAAUACAGGUGUACUUAAAUUAUGCGACUUUGGAAGUGCAAAGGCACUUCAUGCAGGAGAACCGAAUGUGUCAUAUAUUUGUUCACGCUAUUAUAGAGCGCCUGAACUUAUAUUCGGCGCAACGGAUUAUAGCUGUAGUAUUGAUGUCUGGUCUGCAGGUUGUGUCAUGGCAGAACUAAUGCUUUGUCAACCUUUAUUCCCUGGCGAAAGUGCUAUUGACCAAUUAGUUGAAAUCAUUAAAGUGUUAGGUACUCCUACAAAGGAACAAUUAUUGGCCAUGAAUCCAUCAUACACUGAACAUCGUUUCCCUCAAAUUAAACCUCAUCCUUUUUCUAAGGUUUUCCGUUCUCGUACACCUGAAGAUGCUAUUUUAUUUAUUACAAAGACAUUACAAUAUGAACCACUGAAACGAUUAACAGCCUUUGAAUCAUUAGCAGAUCCAUUUUUUGAUGAGCUUCGUGACCCUAAUGUAAAAAUGCUUGAUGGAAAAGAUAUGCCAAAACUAUUUAACUUUAGUCGACAUGAACUAUCCAUACAACCUGAACUUAUUUCAAAGAUUGUCCCUGCACAUGCUGAAGCUUCAUUAUUAGCUGAUGGAAUUGAUGUUCAUGCAUUUGUUCCCAUGACAAAAGAGGAAAUGAGAAACGACACUAUGCCUCAUUAAUCGAACCCCCCAAAAAAAAAGAAAUAUAUACACAUAUAUAUUUAUAUACAUAUAUAUAUAUAUAAAAGAUAAAUAGAAGUAAUUUUUCAAUAUGAUAACAUAUUGUUUAUUACAUUCAGAUGAA